CACUUAUUAAAAUGUCAAUGUGCCAAAAGUGCCCUAAAGUCAAAAUCGCCGUACUACAAAACAGUGAAUCGAUAAAUUGAUAAAACCUUAAUUUAUUAUAUAGUGUAUGACUAUAUAUCGUGUAAACUCGUGAAUGUAGUUUUAAUGUGCCAGUGUCCAUAAUAUUAUUUAAGAAAGUCGAAAAAAAAUUGCGGUACUUGGUAAAGGUUAUGUUUUGGUGUACCACGUGAAUUUUACCGACAACGUUUGCAGUCUAACUGCAAGAUAUAUCGCAUUGAAUUAUAUAGAUAUACAAAGAGAUGCAAAUGGACGACGAGUUUUACGCAGGCGUGAACGACGCGAAACUAAAUAAAAUGCCGCCCGAACGUAAUGGUCGAAUAAUUGUGAGAAAUAUAUCCUUCAAAGCUACGAAAGAGAGUUUGCAAGAGCAUUUUUCCAAGUAUGGGAAUAUACUGGAAGUUAAUUUACUGAAGAAGCCUGAUGGGAAGCUCGUAGGAUGUGGAUUUGUGCACUUCGCGGAUGUAGCGGAUGCGGAGAAAGCUAUUGCUGCCACUAAUAAGAAGCCAUUUAUGGAGCGUCAUAUUUAUGUGGCAUGGGCAAUUUCAAAGAAAACUUAUGUCCAAAAUAUGGAGAGCAAUGACACAAGGCCGAAGUUUGAAAGUUCUCCAAAUAAAAAGUUUAAUAAUUCUUCAACUAAAUUUGCACCUAAAGAGGAGGAUGAAGAAGAUUCAAAGACAAAAAAAGAAGAUAAAAAGAAAGAACGUGUGAACCGUAACGCGCGUCUCGUUGUACGUAAUGUAUCUUUCAAGGCAACUGAAGAUUCCUUGAAAAAGCAUUUUGAACCUUAUGGCGAGAUAUUAGAGGUGAAAUUACUCAAAAAACCAGAUGGAAAGCUUGUGGGUUGUGCAUUCAUACAUUUUAAGAAUGUUCCAAUGGCUAAAAAGGCUCUAUUGAGUACAAACAUGAAGCCUUUCCUAGGUCGUCCGAUAUCAGUUGAUUGGGCAGUCGCCAAGAACAAAUACAUGCAGCAUGUGGUGAGUCAGCAGCUGGAGAUGGAGGAGAACAUCAAGAAGGAGGACUCGGACAGCGACGAUGAUGAUGAGAAACCCCCCCUAAACGUCUCCAGUGAAGAUGUUAAGGAUGAAAUCAAGAGCGAGAGUGAUUCUGAUGAUAAAUCUGAUGACGAAAGUGGGUCAGACAGUGAAGACGAGAAAAAAAUCAAAAAGCCUAAGAGUGAGUCAGAUGAUGAUGAUGAUGAUGAAAGUGAUGACGACGAUGAUGAAGAGGGUGAUGAUGAUGAUGAUGACGACGACGAUGAUGAUGUUGAUGAAGAUAUUAAAGAAGAAAGUUUUGAUGACGUAAAACCUGAGAGGCAAAGAAUAAAACUCAACGAUGCAGAGGACGGUUGCACAGUGUUCAUAACAAAUAUCCCGUUCAGCGUCGACAACGAUCAGCUGCGUGAGUUCGCGCAGAACGUCGGACCUGUCAACUACGCUCUCGUCUGUGUUGAUAAGAUGACUGAACACUCCAAAGGAUCUGGAUUCGUUAAGUUUACUACCAAAGAACACGCGGACACUUUCUUGUCACUACCUGCCAACCAGCUGAGACUUGAAGGUCAGACCCUGCAGGUGAAGCCGGCUCUCAAGCGGGAGAACCUGCAGAAGGGCAGCAAGAAGGAGGCCAAGGACAACAGGAACCUGUAUCUGGUGAAGGAAGGAGUGGUGGUCGCUGGCACGAAGGCGGCUGUGGGCGUGUCGGCAUCAGACAUGGCCAAGCGACUCGCGCUGGAGCGGAGCAAGACUCAGAUGUUGAAGAAUCUCAACAGAUUCGUAUCCCGCUACCGCCUCGUGGUGUCGAACCUGCCGGCGCACUUCGACGACGCCAAGCUGCGGCGCGUGUGCGUGGCGGCGGGGGACAAGCGCGCCGUCGUCACGGAGUGCCGCGUCAUGAGGGACCUGCGGACACCCACAGGGCCCGACGGAAAACAUCCAUCAAAGGGCUACGGUUUCGUUAUGUUCACGAGACACGAGGACGCUUUAGCUUGUCUACGGAAACUCAAUAAUAAUCCCGAUGUAUUUGAUAAGAAUAAUAGACCAAUCGUCUCAUUCUCCAUAGAAGACCGAACAGCGUUGAACGCAAGGAAGAAGAGGUUAGAAAAGUCCAUAGCCAACAAUCCUUUAGCGAACAAGGAUGGCAACACUGGCACACAGAACGACAAGAGAAACCGGAAGCGGAAGCCUGAGAUAUCGCCAGACGAAAGCUAUGCGAAACGACGCAAAUUCGGCACACUCAAUAAAAAUCAGAAUAACAAUAAGUAUCAGAAUCAGAAUAAUAACAAAAAUCAAAAUUAUAAUAAAAAUAAUUCCAAAAAUCAGGAAUUUGAACAGAAUCGCGGAGCAGGGCAAUUUGUAAGGAGACCGAGAGACAAUGAUUACGGAGAAUACACAGGAUUGACGGCAAAGGAAGGAUCACAACAUAAAAUGAGAAGCAACCAUAAACUAAAGGCGCAAGCUGACAUCCAUAGACAAACUGUCAAGAUGGAGAAGAAGCAGAGUGGGAGAACCAAGAGACUUAAAAUGGCCGCCAAAGAGAGAGUGAAACAACCCAAACAGAAGAUUAACAAGAAUCCCACGAAGAAGAGAAAUAAGAAUAGGUUCAGGUCCAAGUUUGAUAGGCUUUUGUAAAUAGGAGUCCACCAAUGUAGACCAGACCUUGUGCAGUCGAAAUAAAGUAUAAAUUACAAUGUUCUUGAGUCAAUAAGGAAAACAUUGCAAUGUAUACUUAAUUUCAAUGUCAUAUGGGUUAAAUUGCAUUUAUGGUAUAAAAUUUUAAAUAAUAUCAUAUCAUACUUUUCUACAAGCAACUUUCAUGUAUUUAUAUUUUAUACGUAUGUGAUAUAAGGUUGUAAAUAAAUAACUUGUAAUUAUUUAUUUUAUAAAGCUUUGCUCUCGCGUAUUUAUCGGCAGAGCCAGACUAGUUUCAGACCAAACCGGAGUCCAAAACUAUAUUUUCUUCACUUCAGGUUUACAAAUCAUUAAUAGACUCCUUUUGCUUUGGGUUGAUCAUAAGGAAAUGUCUGUCUCAAUAAUAAUAAAUAUAGUUCAAAAAAUGUGAAAGUGUCGAUUCUAAAAAAAUAUUAGUAUAUAUCACUUACGGAUUUACGAAAUGACACUGUCAUAUUUUUUUCGAAGAAAACAUAUGUAGUAAAAAAAACGCAUUUAAGUACAGUUUUUUAAUAAAUCUGAAUACAAAACCUUAGAAACAAAGGAACAAUUAAUACCAUUUAUUAAUUACUUUCUUAGGUAAGUAGGUACCUCCGAACACUAAGGGUCAAUUCACAGAGAAAGAGCGGUCAGUAACGUCUUAAUAUUACAAAUAGCCAUGUACUAAUAGGCCUGUUUGUCUAGUGGUCAGUGGACCUGACUGCAAAUCGUGGGUUUGAUUCCCAUCCAAGAUAUUUUUUUGUGUGAUAAGCAACAUCACACGAAUAUAUAAUUUAUGUGUCUGCAAUUUAUCAGUAAUAUGUAUGUAUUUAGAAAUUUAUAAGUAUGUCUAUAAGUUGUCUAUUACUUAUAGUUUACAAUCGAUGUCGUUACAGUUUACAAAUACGUCCGCUCAUCUUUUAGUAAUGUAGUAAUUCUAAAGACAACUUUGAGACAAGUCAGGUUUAGGGUGCGUUUCCUAUACCUGUGGCGGAGUGGAGCAAAGCAGAUCGUCAAUUGGCCAAUCGCAAAACUUGAUAAAAAGAAAUUCUAAAUUUCAAUAUUAGUUUGUUGAAAAUCUUUAGACUAAUACACGGUCAACUUUGCACCAUUUCUAGCUUCGCAUCAGUGGAAAUGCACCCUUAACGGCGACUUAAAGUAAUUGACCUUUCAGUGUUCCACCAUAAAACAUUACAUUGGUGUCAAAAUACCAAUAUACGUAACUUAAGAAUAUAUAUCAGUAUGUAUUGACUGUAUAAGAAAAAUUAAAUGUACUUAAUUAUA